GGUGAGUUGCCGGCUUGUUUUAGGACAAUGAGUCUUUUAGAUACGAACAAAAGUUGGGCUGAGGAAGUGGAAGAGGCUGUUAAUGGUGCUACUUUAGGCCGCAGAGCAACCAAAGAAAAAAUGAAAUCAGACAGUAGAGAAAAUUCAAACAACAGAAAAAGAUCAAAACCUAAUGCCAAACAUGAAAGCGAUUCUAAAACGAGUAGACCUCCUACGAAACAGCUAGAACUUGAAACUGACCCCGAGGUGCUAAAUAGACGUCAGAAACAGAUUGACUAUGGCAAGAACACAGUUGGGUACUAUAACUACACAAAUGAAGUACCUUUAGACAAACGCACUAAGCAGCAUCCAAAGACACCAGACAAAUAUACAAAAUACAGUCGAAGGUCCUGGGACAAGUUAAUUAAGAUGUGGAGGAAGCAACUCCACUCUUAUGACAAGGAUACUCAUUCUACGGAAUAUGAUGAUUUGGAGAACACAUCUAACAGAGAUUCCCAUCUUGAUAAUUGACUGUUUAUUAUCUAGCCGGACUGAUGUAACAACAUAGAUUUAAGUGUAUUAUAAAUAUUGACUAGAGUAGGUACUUUAAGUAUUAUUGACAAACAUUACAAGUACUGUCUUUUAAUUUCUUUUGUAAUUCUUUAACAAAUUUAAUAUCUGGAUGCUCUCAACAUAUGAGUAUGUUGCAAACAUUCAUGAGCUAUGUAGUAAGGCUCAUUAUAUUAUAAUUAUUAUACUAUACAUAUUAAUAUUUACAUACAUAAUGU